AUUCCAAAGUCGACAAUUAUUGGACUCCCGAACAGUGCGAGAAUAUUAAUGGGGUUGUUUCUAAUUUUUCAAUUUUGGUAGGCUGAUGCUGGGCCAACGUCAAUACCAAUGUUUGAAGCACACACUCCCAUUUUUUUCCCCUCAUUCAAUUUCAUUGCAUAACUGAUAAAAAAACCACUAGUGCAAAAAAAGCUGCUUUAAAGCUUUUCUUUUUAUUUUAUUUUCAGUGCCGACGACUUGAGAAUUUACCCUACUCUUACGUUAUGUCCUAAGUCUAUACAUACUGUGGCCAACCAAGCUUUGUUUUUUGGUCUUUUGAUAUGUUUCUUGAGUUGUAGAUGCAAAGCAAAAUUCAUGUUUUUAUAAGGAAAAGGGUUCAGUUUUUGGGGGAAGUUGAUGAAACCCCCACUUUGAUUUUCAUCUCCACCUUUGGAAUCCAUGUUUCUGGGUGGAAAAUUGUAGAAUAAAGGGGGAAUCACAAACCCAUUUGUAUUCAAGGCUUGAUUUGGGUAACAUGAUCUCUCUGAAUUCUGUUUGUCUAUUUAUUUAUUUAUAGAUUCAGAAUUGUUUCUUCUUUUUCUUCUUGAAUAUUGAUUUGUAGCUUAAUUUGUUUUGGGGGGGGGGAAUCUUAAUAACCCCGAAGAACAAAUAACUGACACUGCCAUGUUACCUGAAACUUGUGGUUCUAGCUUGUUUCUUGCGUUACCUGAUGAUGUGUUUGCUAUUAUAUCACGGUCCCUUUCACUAAAGGAUAUAUGUAAUCUUAGUAGAUGUUGCAAAAGUCUAUCUGCACUUGUAGCCUCUGAAAAGAUUUGGCUCAGUCAAUGUGAUGUAGUUGGAAUUGUGCCUACAAGGGACCUAGUGGAGUGGAGGGAAGGUGUAGUAUCUUAUAAGGCGCUUUGUCGCUUCCUUGUUAGAGUAAAGCCAUUAAUUGGGAUUUGGGUUCACCAGAAUCCUGAGCUUGGCAAUGUAGUCUAUGUAAUGCCUGGUUUUGUUUCUGUUGUUGGAUGUCGAAUAAUUCCGCAAGAGCUUGGUCCGUUAGGAAUCGAGGAUGGCCCCAUUCUGUGGGCACCAGUGUUUGAAAUUAUUGGUGAUUUUGAUGGUUCUACCACGUUUCUUCUUCACGGUCGGGAGAAAGGAUGUGACUUUUUAUAUCCUGGUUUGGUGGAAUCCGUGGAGCAGAACUGCAAUGUUCUAUUGCUUGAGGUUGAGCCUAGAGAAAAAAGGAAUGGAUGUAAAUUGUUGCCUAGUAAGAGCUUUACUCAUCAUUCUACUGAGGAGAUUUCAAGAAAGGUUUGUAGAUCAAAUAGUGGUUUAUCGAGAUCACAACAGGUCGCAGGACGGAACGAGGCCGUGGUUCCUUUUAGUCGGUUAGCUUUUGGUGAUAGAAGAACGUUGCUUGAGACUGUCACCUUCCAAGUUCGUCUAAUGGUUACUGAUUCUAUACGUGAGCCUCUAUUUCCUCGAUUGAGGGAGGACGCAGAGAAUUUCCAAAAAGAUUUGAUACUUCUGUUGCAGCGAAGAUCGUUGCUUCUUCAGAUGUAUAAAUUUGGUAGUGAUCACAGUUGCACAGAUUUGAAUGAGAGUACUGCGAUUUCUGCUGGUCCUAUUCAGUUGGAACUUAGUGACAUUAGAAAGAGCCUUGACCGUUCUAGUUCUACUUCUACUUCUCUGAAUGGAGAUGAUGGUCAGACACAUGGCAACAAUAGGAAAAGUAUAGGUGGGUACUUCAGAGCCAGCAUUAAGCAAAUUCUUCGGAAAUCUAGUUCUCUCAAUGGUGGUCGAGCAAUGUCAAGACUUAAUUCUUCUAGCGGUGAGAAUAGGCAUGCUUUACUUCAUGAUUUUCUAAAUUCAGGGGAUACUAUAGGGCUGACAUUGCAUGCAACGAAAAUGAAGUUAUCAGCUUAUCGAGCUUGGCCUAAUAUGCAUGAUACACAGUUUGCUCUUUACAAGCUGCCCAUGCGGGUUCCUACGGAGGACCAAGAGUAUGCUGGUUUAUGGGGAGGAACAUUUGGUUGGCCUCCAGGAAGGCCAACUGAAGACAAGCCUGGGAAAGCUCUGUUCUUUCUUUUGCUCUCUUACGAAGAGACAGAUGGAAAACGGUCUCUCAUUGCAACUAAAAUAUUGGAAGGCACCCACUACGUUCUGCACCCAAAUGGUUCUGCAAUGUUCAUAGUGAAUAUUGAUGAACCUUCACUUGACCCAUUUCCUUGGGAUAGUGAUGCAGAUUCGCAUCCUGUCAGUGUGAAGCAUGCUUUCAUGGGAGAAGGUAUUGCAAAUGGAUAUGGUUUUAGAUAUCCUGGCUCAAAGCCUGGCUCACUUUUUGUUAUUCAAAAUGGUCUGCUUGCCUUCAUAUGGAAGGAAUCCACGGUUGUCUUGACCCUGCAAAGACUCAACUUGCAAGAUCUUUUGAAGAAAGGUGAACAGGUGCCUGCUUUACCUCCAGUUGCCAACUUUUCAUAUUUGACCAAAUCCUACUCAAAUGUGUUUGCGGGGUUCUCAAACACCUCAACGUGUUCAUCUUCCUUAAGGCAAAGGCAUAUCUAGGUCACUGAUGGGACUGGAAUAGUUGCAAAUACUCGACUAUUGUUUCCAUGCCAAUACGUCAUGUAGAGCCGGGGCUAGUUUGCUGCUACUUGUGACUCGAGAGUGUCAGGUUUCAGGUUGUUUCCGAGAUGAUAAAUCCGUUUCUCCGACACAACGAGGGUUAUCUCCUUAUGUUCGUUACAAGAGAUUAUUAGGUCAUUCCUGUACUUCAGGUGAAGAUAUAUAUAUAUAUAUAUAUAUGUAGUCUACAAGGGAGAGACAUCGUAUUUCGAAGAUAUGAUACAAGUUUUUUCCCCAUUAACUUUUGAGCAGUACUUUUUUUCUUUUUAUUGCUUUGGGUCUUACAUUGACAUACUUUUACCAUAUGAAGAGUUGUAAUAAGCAUAUCUUGUUUGGAACCCACCUUCCCUCUCUUCUAUUCCUCUACUUUCUCCGAGAAAGGAAAGCCGGUUGAAGCUGUUGACAUCCCAUAAAAUGAAUGUUUUCAUGUGUAAACUGGAGUGGGAGGGAACUAAAUGAUAUUAGCAGUUUCCAAUUAUCCAAGGGUAUACCAGGAUCUUGGUUGAAUAUUUUUGCAGCGCAAGUGGUGUUGAUAUUGUACCGAUGUGAAGUAGAGAUAGAAGGCAAGGGGAAGAGAAAAGAGAUGCUAUGUUUGUGAUUAUUAUACAUGUAUUAUUAAUAGUAGAACCCUUCAAUGUAUUAAUUAAGUUACUUAUCAGAACUAUUGUUUUGCUUUACUAUUCUACUUGUAUGCUUAUCAUUCUAUAUGCCUAUAAAACCAUGAUUACAUGGCUUAUUAUGCUGAUU